UCUGGAAGUAUGGGGACCAACACUACUAAGGAAACUAAUGCAAUGUUUAAAAUACUUAAUGUUUCAUGCAUUAUGGUUUUAUCUGGGAUCUGUUUGCUGGGAAUCACUGGAAAUGGUCUGGUCAUCUGGUUUGUUGUCUUCAGGAUGAAGAAGACGGUCAACUCUGUUUGGUUUCUAAGUUUAGCUUUUGCCGAUUUUACCUUCUGCCUUUUCCUACCCUUAACUAUCACUCACUUUGCCCUUGACGGUCACUGGCCAUUUGGAAGCUUCAUGUGCAAGCUUAACUAUUUUGUAUUAUAUCUCAAUCUGUCUGCCAGUGUCCUACAACUCACCAUCAUCAGCAUUGAUCGCUGUAUCUCCGUAGUCUUCCCUGUCUGGUGUCGGAACCAUCGCACCGUGAGAUUGGCUGUGAAAGUCGUUCUUGUACUUUGGAUUAUAUCUCUUCUACUCAAUGUAGCUUACUUUACAAAUACACACAUAUAUGAUGCAAAUGAUAAAUUUGUGUAUUGUUUUGAAGAUUGGGUAAUGGACAAAGUACAAAUUAUAAUAAGAUUUAUUGUUCUGUUUGUUAUCGCUUUCACUAUCAUUAUCUUUUGUUACACUGUCAUCUUUUUGCGUAUUCAAAGAAACCGCAGAGCAACAUUUACCAAACCUUUCAAAGUGAUUGCUGCCGUCAUCAUUUCCUUCUUUAUUUGCUGGUUUCCUUACCAUGUAUUUUCUAUCAUGGGUUCAUACGGAAGCAACACAUUGCAAUAUAAUUACUGGUUUGUAAUUGCUAUAGGCAGACAUGUAACAUGUUUGGCUUAUUCAAACAGCUGUGUGAACCCUCUUCUCUACGUCUUCAUUGGCCAAGACUUCAAGCAAAAAUUCUGGAGUGCCAUUAAAUCAGCAUUUGAGAGAACUUUUAUCGAAGAUGCCAACAUGACAGAUCCAAAUCCAAAUAGACACCGGUUUUUAACUGAUUACGCAAUGAGCCAAAUGUGA